CUUCAGGUUCGAACAGCUGAUUGCAAGCCGCAUUUAAUUUCUUAAUUUUUGUAAUUGUUGAAUUAAAAUUAGAGAAUGCGAAUAACACAAUUUUUGGGCAGCAAAUUGAAGAACUUCUCCAAUCUUCCCAAAGAAUACAUCGAGCGCAGCAAAAAGCAGGUGUACUGGCAAACUCCAAAAGAAAGAAAUUACCUUCCCAGUACGGUGGAGCGCAAGCGUUUCCGCUACACUACAAAUCGGCCAUGGACGGGACAAUUUCGCCAGCAGAACAUGCCUGGAACAAUGCGUCGCAAGGUGUUUGUAGAACCAAUUGAGGAGUGGAGUUUCUUCCGGGGCGACCGUAUAGAAGUCCUCGUUGGCAAGGACAAAGGAAAGCAGGGAAUCGUCACUCAGGUGAUCCCCGAGCGUAACUGGGUCAUUGUGGAAGGUUUAAACUGGCACUACCGUAAGGUGGGCGGUGAGAAGGAAUUCCCUGGCAUUAUCAUUAAGUCAGAGGCUCCGUUGCAUGUCACCAAAGACAUCCGUCUCGUGGAUCCUUCAGACUUGCAGGGCACAGAUUUUGAGUGGCGUUUCACCGAAGAAGGGGAGAAGGUGCGUGUUUCUAUGCGAUCGGGCAGAAUCAUACCCGUUCCGGAGACAAAUAACCAGACUCACGAUUACAAAACACCAAAUGCCUAUAUCGAGAGGGAAAAAGAUACGCCAGGCGCUGUUGUCGGCGAGAUAACCUUCCAGCCCAAGCUGUCAACCUUCGAAAUGGACAUCAUGGAGGAAAUGGGCAUUAAGGAGGAACGCACGCCAGCCAAAAGCUAUUGGUACUAGUGUUAUAUAUACUGUUUAUUAAAAUAAUGUACAAAAAUCCCAGAAUUUCAAGCAAA